UUUUGCUACUCCACCCGCAUAACCGGAGGCUGCUCGCUGUUGCACUUGCUUCAAAUGAUGAUGUGUGCCUUUGCGCCCGCGUGUCCAACAACUAGAGCUAGUUUACCAUAUGCCGGCCCCACCCGCUAAUUACACAGCACAGCGGCGGUAGAGUCAGACAAGAAACAAGAAACAAUAGCCGAGGAGGAAGAAAGGAAGAGGUGGAAGCAGAAAGAGAAACCUUCUAACGACUCAAACUCAGUAGGUAAAACAAAAAAAAAAACGGCGAGCUAGCAGGAUGGCGCACAUCAAGAGUAAACAUGUCAGUCGACAAAUAAGUGAUAGUCGUCCAUCAAGGCGACUCGCCGGGCAGCCAGUCAGCUGAUCAGAUAACUCCGGUGGUGCUGCUGCUUGUGGUUGAGGGGGUAGGGUGGGGGGGAGUGGCUGUUAAAGUUCCUCGUCCUCGUCUGCCUCCAGCCGAAUGGACCCGACACUGUUGAAUCAGCUGAGGACCAACUGAGCGGGUUCUAUUGGUCGUCAUCACUAUGACUGAUGGGGAUUAUGACUACCUGAUAAAGCUCCUUGCCCUGGGAGACUCCGGUGUGGGGAAGACGACAUUCCUGUACCGCUACACAGACAACAAGUUCAACCCCAAGUUCAUCACCACAGUCGGCAUCGACUUCAGGGAAAAAAGAGUGGUGUACACAGCUUCCAACCCCAAUGGAAUGACGGCAGGAAAAACCUUCAAGGUUCACCUCCAGCUCUGGGACACGGCUGGACAGGAAAGGUUCCGCAGCCUGACGACAGCGUUCUUCAGAGACGCCAUGGGGUUCCUGCUGAUGUUUGAUCUCACCAGCCAGCAGAGCUUCCUCAAUGUCAGAAACUGGAUGAGCCAGCUUCAGGCCAACGCUUACUGUGAGAACCCCGAUAUAGUGCUGGUUGGAAACAAGGCAGACUUGGCGGACCAGCGCGAGGUUCAAGAAAAACAAGCAAAAGAGCUGGCGGAUAAGUACGGGAUCCCGUAUUUCGAGACCAGCGCUGCGACCGGGGUGGAGGUGGAAAAGGCCGUGAUCACACUGCUGGACCUGGUCAUGAAGAGGAUGGAGCAGUGCGUAGACAAACCGCCUUCAGAGCCUUCUAACGGCACGGAGAGCACAAGGCUCUCGGCCGCACAGCCCGAGGAGAAGAAAUGUGCAUGCUAGAGCUGGAGAGCUCUUUCAGGAAGUGACGUAGUGUGUACUCUCUACUCGCCAAUCUUUCGCCGUCAUCAUUGCUUGCAUGCUUCUUUGGUGUCAUCUUGAUCAUCUCCUUUCCGGCUCAAACGAAACUCUUAUUUGACUUCGUUCUUCUCUUUCCCACUAUGGAAUUCUGUUGCCGAAAUGCCUCAAUAGGACUGGAGCCACUCUAGAUCCCCCUCUAAGGGUUUUUCUAGGUACUGCAGUCUGAUCACCUCAGUAUCCAUUUCAGUUUUCGUGGCAAAAUGCCGGUGAGUCAAGGUCGGAGACUUUUUGUUCCCCCGCAGUCGACUAUUCUGGCCCUUAUUGCUGCUGCCGCUGCUUCUAUUGUGGCUUUAUGUUCAUUUGUCUCAUCUUUUCGUCACUUUCUAACGGGGGAACGGCGUCUUCCUGUGUCGCUUGCCUUUCAAGCUCGUCGUAGUUGGAGUACAAUCAACAGGCCCGUUAAUUUAAUUUCUUUUUUGGGUCGGAUUGAGUGUCUUUGAAUCCCAAUAGUUAUUCGUUAAAGCAUUUCACAGUUUUUUUUGGUUUUGUUUUUUGUUGUACUUGUUAGACGGCCUGUUGAUAACAUCCAGGGUUUGGUCUGGUUGACUCACACUUGAAAUAUCCUGAAAUUAAAAUCGAUGCUCUAUACACUUUCUAAACACUUUUUUUUUUCUUGGUUGCUUACCGUCCCAGUGAAACCAUAGCAAAUGUAGAAGACUAUUAGUUCCACUGUGACGCCUUCCGCCACUUCAAUUGUAUCUCACCACCUCUGCCCAACUUUCAAUCUCUACGUUGUUUUUGUGCAAGUCAACCAUGUAUCUAAAGUCAUAACACCUCUAUUUGCCUUACAUUAUGGAAAAUGUGUGUGGAAGUGGAGGAUUUUCUCAAGGAAUGAGAAUCAUCCUUCUUGCUUGCUAUGUAUUUAUUUCUUCGCCCAACAAAUGACGCAUUUGUCGGGCGUUCUCGUCUAAAAGUGUGCUGAAACCGGUGGCAGCCAAGAAUCUUCCGUUUUUUUUGUUGUUUGUGUGUAUUUGUUGCUGCUUCAAAUGAGUUCCGUGGCCCUUUUAGGAAUGACGAUACAAAUUGAAGAAUACAUGUUUUUUUUUUCCCUGUUUUUUUUUUUUUUUUUGUGGCGUAUGCAAUGAAUCUGUUCAAAAGGUUUAUGUGCCCUUAAGCUUUGGCUUCACUUUGUCACCUUUAAUCUGCCAAUGUGCCAAAACGAAAUAAAAAGAGAAACUUUACACAAAAGCAUUUGUUCAACCUCGGAUAAAAACUGCUUUCAUGUUCUGUUCGGGUGUCGUGCGUAUGCGUGCCAACAUCUGAUGACGAGUGCCAUAUGAGACUCACAAAAUGUGGUAGCAUCCUCACAUUAAUGAGCAGUCAGGAUUCUGAAGGAGUCCGAAUCCUAAAAAUCUGCCCAAACGACUUAUACUACAUGUGCUGCUGCAUUUUAUAAACUCCAGUAUCUUCUCGCUGACUUUUUUUUUCCACUAUUUUUUUUUUCUUGUGAGCUUCCCAACUUGUUGAAUUGUCAUUUCACAAAGUCUGAAGAGUUUUUGUCAUCUUGUGUUCCCAUCAUCCAUCCAUUUCCUACAGACUGCUACAAAUCAUCGUGGAACUCAUCGAAGCUAACUUUUCACCGUAUAUUGAUCGCCAGUCAGCCGCUGGGCAUAUGCAGAAUAGACAAAAAAACAGUCACAAUCACAUUCAGGCUUGUGCACAUCGCAUGACAACAUGAAAUGUAGUUUGACUUUCUCUCGCACGAUUGAUCACCGCACCACACGCACUACACUCCAAAGCAAAUCAGUUUAAUCCAAGCCUCCCUUCAUGUACGAUUUGGUCAUUUCGAGCUCCUUCAAUUUAAUGUGUCUUCUUGACUGAUGUACUUGAUGCAUGUUUUCUAUCCACCUCAAACCUAAGUGUAGUUUUGGUAUCCUCUUGAAAAGUUUACAAUGUUUAAGGAGUCAUUUUGUGCCUGUUACUAACUCUUCUUUCCGAUUCUCUGUAAAGUGUGAGCUACUCAAUAUGUUGAUGUAUUAUUCAUUCUGGAGUACAACACAGAAGCAGAAGGUGAGGACGAUGUUGUUUUAUGUGCCAGGUAUUAAAAAAAAAAAAGGCAAAAUACCUCUAAGAGCUUUUAUUUUUGGAACUCCUCUUUGUGUGAAAUUUCUCAGACGAGUGCAGUUUGUUGAUGUUUUGUUUGAUGCUUGUGUGUGGUUUCUAUUUUCUUGAUUGUGGCACCGCCAGUCAGCAUGUGAGAAUGAAAUGACUGUCAUGCAUUUGGUGUUACAAAUAAAUCUGUUAGUUUUAA